AUGGGGAAUGUUAAAAGAGCUAGGUGUGGCAGACCGAGUGGCCGUUCGGUCAUCUGGGGUCCAUUGUGCAUUUUCUUCGGUGAUGAACUGAAUGUCUUGGGUGUCGAUUUGGCGCUGUGUUGCGAAAUUCUGCAGACGGUAGCAAAAGGGAGUAGAAUUGAUACUUCGGCCAAUCAAAACGCCGAAACCCAUCUGUGGGUCAUGUUUAAGGGUGCGUUUUGCAGUUUUGCCACGAAGUUUGAACAUGACUACGCAUCCAAACCGUGCUUUGUGAUCCCGUGGGCGAGCUUCCUGUAA